UAUCUAAGGAACACCCUUAGUGCAGCCAAAAAACGACACCACCCUUUAUAGUAUAAAAAGACCUUUGGGGCCUCCCUCCUAGCAUCAAUCCAAUCUCUCAGGCAGCUACAGAAGUGAGAAAAAACACACUUCUAGCAAGAUGAUCGCCCUCCUCCUCUUGUGUUUCGCCGCAUCCACCCUGGCGCAAUCUACCACGCAGUACGCCACAACCGCUUCCCAGAUUGAAUCGGAACUCGGCAACACCUACAGCAGCUACCAGCCAGCAGCUCAACAACGAAGACCCGUCUACACAGCUCCCAGAGUCCCUGAAACAUACAGCUACCAACCUUACUCCUUCAACUACGUCGCACAAGGUGAAGACGGCUCCAGCUCCAGACAGGAAACUGGGGACAGCAGUGGUCGAGUCGUAGGUUCAUACACAAUCGCUGUCGAAGACGGUCGCCGUCGGGUCGUCGACUACGUUGCCGACCAGAACGGUUUCCGAGCCACCAUCGACACCAACGAACCUGGCACCGACGUCCAGAACCCAGCAGAUGUUGUCUUCCACUCUGCUGGUCUUGACAGCAGGACCCAGACAACUGCCUACCAGCCCUAUAGGCCAACCAACGCCUACAGGCCAAGACCUACCGGUCGAGUAUUCGCACAACCAGCUGCAUACACCCCUGUAGUGUAUCGUGGUGAUACCCAUGCUCCCUACUACCACUACGACAACUACGCCCAUGAUAGGCAUUCCGGACAUGCUUAUGCUUCCAUCUACAACAAUGAUCUCAGAUAUCACUGGCACUAAUGCUGUUUAUAUGCUUAAGCAUUGAAUUUAGACCCUGAUUGUGUAUAUGGACAGCUUGGUUUAUGUGUUCCGUGUAUUUAUGCUUGUAUUUUAAGGUUUUUCUUUUUCGCUAAUAAAAGCAAAUGUAUUUGUUA